AUGGAGAAGCACUGGCCUGCAAUAGGGGUAUUGGUUUUAGCACUUGGUGUGCUUGUGAAUUCGUACCCUCCUUACUCUCCAAAACCAGGUCAGUGUCCAACAUUCUUUAAUGGCUACCCAUCAAGACCAUGGUGCUGGAGUGAUGCACUCUGCCCUGGAAAGGAUAAAUGCUGCGUGUUUGACAAUAGACCAGUCUGUGUGCCACCUGCCCCACCAAGUGGGAAGUGCCCUGACCCAGAGGGAUUUGGGAUAUGUGUAGAAAGGUGUACUUGUGACGAAGACUGCUUAGCUGGUCAGAAAUGCUGCUUCAAUGGAUGUGGAAAGGAUUGCAUGUCUACACAAAGCAACUGCAGCCCAAUAACAUUCACCAUCAGGUUUGACAACUUCUGCCAACAUGAUGGAGACUUGUCAGGUGAACAGAAGUGCUGCAAGACGAUCUACGGCUACGGCAGAGAUCCCCUCUGA